AUGGUCGGCGGCACCUUCGAGUAUGUCUUUCAGCAGGUGCUGUGGCUGAUCGGCACCGCCGCGCAGCUGAUUGCAGCGAUGGGCAUCGGCAUCAAGUGGAUGUUCAUGACAGCGCGCUGCGUCACCUUCGCCACGAUGGACUUGGUCUACUUCAUGCCGAACGUCUUCUGGUACCUGCUCUCGCCAAACAUCAUCCGCCGUGUGUCGUACCGCUCCUCCCGGACAACGAAGCUACGCAACUUGGAGGCGCUGCUGUUGAAGCAAGUGAGCCGGGAAUCGGUGGCCGCCGCGGGGCGCACCAGCACCUUCCUUUGGAGUCCCAUGAGCAGCAACCACGAGGCGCACCUAUCGCCCAGCGGGGCCAGUAUUGUGCACUCUGGCGCCUCCCCGUCGCCGCUCCUGCCCAGGGACCCCGAAGAGGUGGACCGGGAGACGGUGGAGCGCUGGGCGUCCGCGAUCAACCCCGCUGACGGCACUUUCGUCAACGGACUUCCGAUGCACAUCGGCGACGAGGCUCAUUCUCAGGCCACGGCUCGGCAGAAGACGGCCCUGACCUUCAACAACUCCUUUGACGACACGCUCGAAGCCCUGCAGCGGGUGUACCGGCAUCGCAGCCAGCAGCACCAGCAGCGGGCAGGGCUUGUCCCCAUGACAUCAUGUGCGGAGUCGUCGCAGGUGCAGGUGCCGGUGUCACUGACACCGGCCGUCUCGAACGAAAGCUUCACAGACUCCGACGAUGAGGACGAUGUGGAGGACCGGAUGAACCUACACAACCGCGCCACUCUGGACAUCUACCUCCCCGUCCCGCUCGAUUCUCUCUUCCGCUUUAUGGAUCAGGAGCGCAAGUCCGACGAGACGGCGCACAUGCAGGCCGGCGGCAAGCACCAACGCAGCCCCAAACCCGGCAGCACCGCGCCGGAGCAGCAGCAGCAGCAGCAUCCGUCGCACAAGCGCCGCGGUAAGCUGACGCGCAAGAGGUUCCCGAUCUUGAUCUCCGUCACCGGUGGUGCGUGGAUUGUUGGCUGCUACUUGUGGAACUUCUUGGUGGCACGCCUCUUCGCCGCGCGUGGCUACGUUGUCUUCUGCCCCGACUACCGCAACUUCCCGCAGACGACGAUGGAGGGCAUGACGCUGGACAUCUCGGACGCCAUCGCGUGGGUGCUGAACAACGCGGAGCGCUACAACGGCGACCUGAACAAUGUGACGCUGAUUGGGCAGUCCGCUGGUGCGCACCUGACGAUGAUGUCGCUGCUGUCGCAGGCGCAGCUCUCCGCGUACCGGCACAACGCCGAGAAGGGCAUCCACGCGUCCGUGCCGCCCCCGUCGAAGGUCGCCUACAACGUCCCUCGGUACAACCCGCGUGAGUCGAUUCACCGCUACGUCGGCCUCAGCGGCAUCUUCAACGUCGCCAGCCUCGUAAAGCACUUCAACAGGCGCGGCCUCUACCGUGACGUGCUGUACCAGAUCGCCGGCGGAAAGUCAAACAUGGCCCGAUAUACGCUAAACGCCUACUUCGACGACCGCCGCGGCGGCGACACCGGCGAGGUGCUGCCGGACAACAUCUUCGACUUUUUCCCACAGCGCAUGUUCUUUGUGCACGGCGACGCGGACAAGAGCGCGCCCGUCACGGAGAGCGCGAACAUUGUGUACGUUAUGCGCAACGCGCAGCGAGACGCGAUCGUGAAGGUUAUUCAGGAGAACCCGGAAGCGGCCAAGACGCUGCCGAAGCCGGUGACCAUGGAGUACAUCCUCGUCCCCGGCGCCACACACACAGACUCCAUUAUCGAGGAGCCGCUCUGCGGCAACAGCCACAUCGUCGAGUUUUUGUGCUAUUACGACAUCGACGACGACGAACGCCGACACGCGCAGUUGACUGGGCGAACAUCGGUGGGGGCGAUCAGCAAAGACGGCGGUGCUGUCGUCACAGACGCGGCGCACUCCAGAACGUCGAGCUUGGCUGUGAGCAGUGCGGCCAGCGGCGCCGCUGACGGCUCUGCCUCCGGGCCGAAGCUCAUGGAUCUGGACUCCAUCUCAAAGGGUUUGAGCCCCGCGCUGGGCGGUAUCUCGGCGGAUGCACGCUACACGUUCCCUGUACUCCCCGCCACGCGGCCGGACGGCAUCUUGAUAUCUCCGUGCCCACCCUCCACGCGCAGUAAGCUGAUGCAGCUGGCCAGUUACAUCUGUCCCUUUUGA